AUGCAACAAACGGUUGGCAUAACCCCCCGCGAUGACAUGAAUCUUGACGACUACGACUCCACCCAUGCAAUGGCCACCUCUACGCCGUCGCUUGGGCGGAGAAGAAGCCAGAGGGCUUGUGAGAUGUGUUAUCGGAAGAAGACUAGGUGUGAAAUCGAGGGGUCUGCCUCGAUGUGUGUACAGUGUGUGCGGCGUAGAACGAAUUGUGUAUUUCCUGCGGUAUCGGAGCUGAAUGAGGAGGACCAGAGAGAUGAAUAUGUGGCGUCCUUGAAAGAUCGUCUGUCUAGGGUCGAAUCCUUGCUCAAGGCAGCCGGCAUCUUGCAUGAAGGUGAUAUCAGCUCAGAUGAAUUAUCAGAUGAUGACUAUGAAGUCUCGGAUGAGAAGAGAAAGUUAUCCGAUCAACGCCCCCAGUCGUCAGGUGAAACAUCGCAUGUUUCCUUUGCGUCUGGUGCAUCGUCUGGGGAGGUGGACUACUUUCCCAGCGUAGGGGAUAUUGAGGUCACCCCCAUCUUCAAGUCUCAUGAACGAGACGAUUCUCGAUAUUUUGGACGCUCGUGCUCAUUAUCACUCCUAUCACGGAGCGGGAUUGAAUGGAUCAAGAGCAAGACCGGCGAUGUCAGCUUCUUGAAAAUCUUAACAACUGACUCCAUCCAUGAUAACCCGUGGACACAGUGGCGCCCCGAUGUAUUUCACGAUUUAUUUGCCUCCCAGGUAUACAAGCCUCUGCCACCCAGGUCAGAGGUCUUCUCCCUCAUCAAAGACUUUUUCAACACGACGAACCGGCUCUUCCCAAUCUACCAUGAAGAAACGUUCAUGAAAAUGGUCGAAUGGCAAUAUACACAGCAGACCUGUGAGGAUGCCGCGCGAUGGGCAAGUAUCAAUAUGGUCAUAUGUCUGGCAUACGAGUUUCGAUUCUCGAACAGCUUAAAGCCAGAAAAGGAUCGAGAAAGGGCCCGUCUGUACUUCAAGAAUGCCAUUUCGGUUUUUACGGAGUUGGCUUUGCGCCGCACGGAUCUCUUGAGUGUGCAGGCUUUGCUGAGCAUGGCUUUCUUCCUGCGUGGUAAUUCCGGUACUCAAUCAGCAUUGCCGUUCAUUACAGCAGCUAUGCGGUCAUGCCAGCGAAUGGGGCUUCACCGAGAUCUUCCAAGGCCAGAUUUGAGCCCUAUUGAGCGAGAACAGAGGCGACGAGCGUUCUGGGUAGCAUUUACUAUUGAUCAGAGUACAUGCUUGCGUGCUGGAAACGCUCCCUCUCAACAUCCCGAUGACUUUGAUGUACCCUUGCCUGAGGAACUUGAGGAUGACCGCGACUCCACUGCUUCAACCAAUAUUCCCUUCUUCCGCCAACUAUGCCGCAUGUCGGUCAUCAAGAGUCGCAUCUUCUGUCAACUAUAUUGCGCCAAGGCACUGCUCAAGUCACCUCACGAGAUUUACCAGUCAGUCAAAGAGCUAGAUGCAGAACUCAGGGCGUGGAGAAAGGACUAUCCCUUCGAGGAAAACCCCCGGCAGAAGGUCGCUGAGCCCAAUUUUCUGAUGGGAUUUGCGGCCAUUGGCCUGCAUUUUGUCUACUAUAACGCUCUGAUUAUGGUUCAUCGAAUACCUCUCCUACUCAACUAUCUUAUAAACGAACGGGCGGAGCCGAAAGAGUUAAAGGCACUCAGCAAGGCACAGGCGGCCAAAUCCAGUGUCAUCUGCGUGACUGCUGCGCGGGAUACGCUCAGGAUGGUCAACAAUAUGCCAUGGGGAGAUAUUGCAUGGGUAUGGUCUUUGCUGUACUACGUCUUCCUAGCCGCAGCAACCAUCUUCUCGCACAUUAUCCGCGACACUCGCCACGCCCAAAUUCAAGAAGACCUUCAAUCCCUCAACAUGGCGGCAACCUUUUUCGCAACUCUAACGCAUCCAGGCGACGGGCCUGCCCAUUAUGCCGGCUUCAUGACCCGCAUGAGUGCCAAUCUCGAACGCAUUGCCAAACUGGCAAUUGAGAGAGAAGAGAAACGAGCCCGGAGUACAGAUGACGGUGACCAAGAGAGCCAGCAGCCCAGUGCAAAGCGGCAUAACCAUCGUUCUUCAAGAUCGCACGCAAAGGCUCGCCAUCAACCCUCAACACUCCGCACAUCUACGACUACCGAUUCCACAAGGUCCCAACACCACUCCGUUUCCACAGCGCCACCAGCAUCCAACAUCUCAACCACAACGCACCCCCACACAUCCGCGUUGAGCAUUCCCGAAGCUAUCGAGGGCUUCCCACCCAUCAAUUCAGACGGUUAUGUCGUACCGCUCAGCCCAAGCGUCACUACCCCCUUCCCAUCAACCAUCCCCUCGGCAAACUACCCGGCCGGCCUGGGCCUACACAACCUCAACGGCACCUCGACCACCGACUUCCCCACCAAUACCCUACCCACCUGGCAACUCGGCCAAGAAAACGUGGCACAAACAAAUGAAACCUCCCCGCUAGACAGCACCCAAUCCCCCUUCUCAACCAGCAGCACCACACCAGGCACAACCCUGUUUCCCGCAUCAUGGCAAGUCCCGCUAACCGCGGACUGGCAAUUCGGCGACAACAUCUGGUCCGGACUCUUCCCGAACGAGACCAUCGCCGCCUCCGCACAGGCAGAGAACAUUCAACUUCCCAUUCUAUCUGCGGAAUCGUUUUUGAACGUUCCUGCGGAGACGGAGGCUGAUCCUAGUGUGACGGGGACGGGAUAUACGGGGACGGGAAUGGGGUAUAAUAAUUACAUGCCGCCUCGGCCAGUGCAGGAUCAGGGGUUGGGUCAGGAUACGGCGGAGAUGAUUUGGCCGAAUGGGUUUUUGGGGCUUUUCUAG